AGUCAGUGUUCGUCCGGUUGUCGCGCGUGUCGUGUCGAGCUCUCACGACGACAGAUUAUCCAAGUCCAAACAGGAGUCCAAUGAUCAGAAAUUAUAAUAACGUUCCCUCAAGUCCAAAUAUUUUCAAUUCUCCUGUUGGGAAGUUUUUGGUUGAGGAUGAUCAUGAUUCUCCUAUUAAUCAUUUGAUGACUUCUCCAUCUCCAAAACAAGACAAGUCAACAAUAUUUAUGUCACAGCCAAACAAACUAACUCCAGAUACCCCAGUGUUAAAGACAUUAAAGACAAAUAAUGUUAAAAAAAAAUUAUGUUUCUCACAACCAUCAAAUUUAUCAGAAGGUAUACAUGCUCAACAAAUUAAAAACAAUGUUAAUAAUAAUUCUUCUACCGAAAACAAUGAAAUAAAAAAUGGCGAUUUUCAAAACCUUGUCCUGACUUUAUUAAGUAAAAUUAAGUAUGAAAUAUCUAAUUUAAGCUCAACAUUAAACAUUCAACAAGCUACCAUAAACGCAUUUGACACUUUUUUAAAAAGUACCGGACAAACCAUUGCUUCCCAAAUUUUUAACCAAAAUUCUUCAAUAACAAUUGAUGAUAUAUUCCCAAUAAAAACAGAAGAAGAACUAGAAAUAUUUGAAGAAAGAAUCAAAAGCGAUAAGAUAUUUCGAAAUACUGCGACAUCAAAACUCUCGGUGCUGAUUGGCAUCAAAGAUAUUGGUGAUAGCACAAGGCGUUUGAUGUCCAAAAUGAUUGUAGAUGAAGUGCUUUGCAAUUAUUCACUAUUAGGUUUCAAGAAAAAAAAGAACUUUUCUCAACUAUCCACUUAUCGUUUAUUAAUUGACACCAUACGACUUAAUCCUAAAUUCCAAAAUAAAUUGGAUAAAGAAAUUGAUGUGCCGUUGGCUACUUGGUUAUCGCAUGCCAAGUUUCGUCUCCAGUCUUCCUAAUACAUAAAUUUUAUUAAUAUGUUAUACUAUACCUACAUAAAGACAUAAUAUCCAUACAUUUGUCUUAUUAUUAUAUUUUUUUUUCAAUAGUGAAGUUAUAACAUAUAAUUAUUAGUAUAAUAUCCUAAUAAUCAUAUUAUUUAUAUAUUUGUACCUAAUUAAUAUUUAUUUAAUGUUAAUAUUAUAUAAUAUAAUUUUGUAUGCAUGUUAAUAAAUUGCACAGUGCCUAUUCAAAA